CAGCCACUUCCGAUGGCCACAUUUAUCUGUUUCUAUAAUAACAUGAGCACCAAAACCUGCGGAACUCACACCAUCGAGUCUGUUUCUGGAAUGAGACGAGCAUUAUAUAAAAGUAUAUUUCAGGACCAAAAGGCGGCGGCAGAGCGGCGGCAGAGCGUCCGUCUCUGGCGGCAGAGCGGCGGCGGAGCGGCGGCAGAGCGUCCGUCUCUGGCGGCACAGCGGAGGGCAGAGCGGCGGCAGAGCGUCCGUCUCCGGCGGCACAGCGGAGGGCAGAGCGGCGGCAGAGCGGUGGCAGAGCGGCGGCAGAGCGGCGGCGGAACGGUGGCAGGGCGUCCGUCUCCGGCGGCACAGCGGAGGGCAGAGCGGCGGCAGAGCGGUGGCAGAGCGGCGGCAGAGCGGCGGCGGAACGGUGGCAGGGCGUCCGUCUCCGGCGGCACAGCGGAGGGCAGAGCGGCGGCAGAGCGGUGGCAGAGCGUCCGUCUCUGGCGGCAGAGCGGCAGUAGAGCGGCGGCGGAGCGGCGGGCAGAGGUCGGCUUCGACUCUGUACAAACUGUUAAGGUACUUUUAAAUGACAGUUCAGAGUGCAAAAAAGAAAGAAAUGUAACAGUGACUGAUGAAUUCAUAAACAAAAGUUAAUAUUUUUUCAUUUUCAAUUAAUAUUUUCUAAAAUGUUCAUCUUUUAUUUUAUUUUCAAACCAUCUGAAGUAAGUUUUUCAUCUGCUUGUAUGAACGUAGAGUUCUGUUUCAGCUCUUCCUGCAAACUGUUCUGUGUAACUUGGACAGCAACUUAAAUCG